AUGUCAGAUAAUUCUGACGUGGAAGUAGAAGACGAAGAGGAGUACAAGUAUGGACUUCAGGACGACUCUGAGCCUCAAGACACAAGGCCGACUGUCGUGCUCAUGGGCCAAAAAAGGUUUUUCUUCAUCAUAUUUGUAUUUCAGCCCUGUUGAGAGAUUUCAGAAGCGGAAAAACUUCCAUUCGAAAGGUAGUUUUUCAAAAGAUGUCCCCCAACGAAACGAUGUUUGUCGAAAGUACUGCCAGGAUCACCAAAGACAGUGCGUUUUAUUUUUAGUUUUUUUCUUUUUUUGAAUCUGCGUAAUUUUUUCCCAUGGAACCGAAUAGGUCCUUUAUUAUCAAAGUUUUGAAACAUAAAAAAAAAUGAGAAGUAGGAGCUUUCGAGAACGUUUGAGAAAAGAGUAGGGCUAAACUUAAAGAAAAAACAUUUAAGUUUGAAGUUUUUUGAUUUUUUUUUCCCAACGACGAAAAUGUUCAAGAUCCUGGUUUUACCUAACGAAUUUUGGAAAAAAAUGAAGCAGCCCUUGUCUUCAAAAAAUUGUGAAAAUCCUUUAUUUGUGCAAAUUUUCUCAUGUGGUUGAGCAAUCUGCACAGAAAUUCAAAAAAAAAAAACCUGGUUAUUGAUUUGAAUCAUCCGAAAAAAAAAUGAUGAGCCUUGAGUGUUGCUCUGGCAUAGAAGUCUUGAUAUCAUUGAACUUCAAAAAAUAUUUUCUCGUUCUAUUCAAAAACUGUGGUACUUUUCCAGCUGUCUGUUCAUCAUUCAUCAAUUUUGAGACGAUCGAAUUCCCUGGACAAAUGUGUCCCUUCGAUCAUACCCUCGAUCCAGUCAACACUUUCAAAAAAUGCGGUGAGAUUCGUUUCCAAAUUCUAAUUUCAAAAAGUUGUCAAAAUAUCAUAAAAAAUUUUUUACUAACUUUCAUCGUUCAAAAAAAAAUUAAUGGCUUCUCUUUUUUCAAAGUAUCGCAGCUCGAACAUUGGACAAAAAAACUUACUUUUUGAAUUUAAGUUAUCACCAAAGGAUAUGAAAUCAUUUUUUUCUUUUUUUAAAUAAUGAAAGUUCAGGGGCCCUGCUAUUUAUAAUCGAUGCACAGGACGAUUACACCGACGCAAUCCGCAAAAUGGCUGAUUAUUUCGCCAAAGCCUACAGAAUCAAUUCGAAGAUAAAAUUUGAAGUUUUCGUUCACAAGGUUUCUAACUUCAAUCAUGUGUCAUCUUUUUCAAUUUGGACUUCAGGCAGAUGGAUUAACCGAGGAGAAUCGCGUCGAAACCAAAUUCGAAGUCUAUCACGCGGUACCAUUUGAUGAUAAAAAAAAGGCGACGUCAGCUUUUAGGUCAAAGAAGAGCUAAAGGAAUUGGGAAUCAAGGACCUGCAAGUGACGUAUCACUUGACGUCCAUCUACGACCAUUCCAUCUUCGAAGCUUUUUCCAAAGUUGUGCAGAAUCUCGUUCGGCAGCUCCCGACUCUGGAGAGGCUCUUGGAUAUUUUCAACCAGGUUCCAUUUUUUUUUUUUUCAGUUUUAUGCCUUACGAUUGUAAUAGAAAGUAAAAUUUUUAAAAAAAUUUAGGGUUCAAACGUGACGAAGUCGUUCUUAUUCGACAUCUCUUCAAAAAUAUACGUAGCCACAGAUUCUUUACCCGUGGAGAUGAGCAUUUACGAACUGUGUUGCGACAUGAUCGAUGUUACGCUGGAUAUUUCUUCUAUCUACGGGUCAGUUCUGUUAUUUCUAUUAAUCAUUACCUGACUUUUUCAUAUUAGUAGAAAAUAAAUUGAAAAAAAUAUGGAACAUUUUUUUCGGAUUACCGGUGAUGGUUUAAUAAAAUGAAGUGCGUAAUUAAUUUUUUCCCAUAUUUUUUAAAAACGAAUUUUGCGUUCGUUGUAGGUUCAGUUUCAUAAUAACGUCUUAUCAGAACUUGGAACCCAAAACUUCAAAAAGAAAGAAAAAAAGUUGCAGAUCCGGUGAAUACGGCAUUCCUUUCGAUGAACAUUCUGCAGCGGUGAUCAAAUUGAAAAAAACGGAGAGCUGGUCAGAUAUUUUUUUUUGUUUGAGUAAUCCGUUUUUUUUAAAAACAUCUCUUAAUUUUGCAUACUCGACAUUCCAAAACUAAUCAAAGUUGAAAUUUUUAAAAACUUCCCGCGAAUCUAGCCUUUUCCACUUUGAGGUGCUUGAAAUUGCUAUCAAAUUCAUUCUUCAGGUCCUUUUACUCCGCCAAAUCAAUCGACAGUUGGCACUCGUCUCGAUUAUGCGCAGUGAGAACUUCGAAAAGCAGGGAUAUAUCGAAUACAACUUCGCCUGUUUCAAGGAGGGCAUCGAAAAAGUAUUCAACUUAA